UUACAUCUCAAGUUGAAAAGAAAGAAGGAGAACUCGACACGCCUGGUGGCGUUGUUGCAGAUGACGCACGGUCGCGGUAGUUUCCCUCAGCAAUUGAACGCAGCAUUAAAGUGACACUGUCGCCCAAGAAGAGCCACUUCAACGAAGAGGGAUGUUGUACGACGCCGGGGCAGGUAACGUUCGCCCGCCAGGCGCCGCCGUCUCUCCGGCUCACGCGCUCCCUGUGCCCGCAGUGUCGGCCGACGAGCGGCGGCGGGCGGCGGCGGCGCUGGAGCGGCUGCGGGCCAAGCUGGCCGAGAAGGAGGAGUGGCGGCGGCACGGCGAGCGCGUGGCGGCGCUCAAGGACACGCUGGACAGUCCGCUCUUCGCGCACGUCCUCGCGCUGCAGCGUGCCGUCGCGCAGCUCAGGAAACAGUUGAGUGCGACGACGCCGGAACGCGGCGGCGACUUCACGUUUUCCGCAAAUGGCGACCUGACGCUGAGCUCGGUCGCACCCUCGCCUGACCACCUUCAGCGGUGGAUCACGGCGGCGGCCGCGGGUCGCCCCACGACGCACGUGCGUCUGAUUCGCCCCCCGUCGGGCGGCCUGGGCUUCAGCGUGGUGGGCCUUCAUCCAGGAAGCAGCAGUCACGAGGUCUUCAUCAAACACAUCCAGCCCGGAGGCGUCGCUCACAGGGAUGGGCAUCUCCAGGCAUGGGAUCAGAUCCUGGUGAUAAACGGGCGCCCUCUGGAGGCGGGCGUGAGUCAGUGUCAGGCACUUGCUUUGCUGCAGCAGCCCGGCCACACGGUGGAGAUGGUGGUCGCCAGAGACCGCCCUCCUGGGGAAGCGCCACCACAACCAUCAUCAUCACCAUUAUCAUCAUCGUCACCACACGCCGCCACUGAUGACGUCAACACGGCUAUGUGGGCCCACGUGGAGGAGAUCCAGCUGACCAACGACGGCUCCGGUUUCGGCUUCGGCAUCGUGGGCGGCAAGACGACCGGCGUGGUGGUCCGCACGCUCGUCAGGGGGAGCGUGGCCGACAGGGACGGGCGUCUCCGCACGGGCGACCACAUCCUUCGUAUCGGGGACACGCCCACUGACGGACUCGGCAGCGACGAGGUCGUCGAGGUGCUGCGGGGGUGCGGGAGUCACGUAACCGUGCUGGUCGCCAGGGACCCGUGUGGUCAGAGGAUGCGAGCCCCACCGCCACCCGAUUCCGCUCCCGUGUCGGCGGUGCCCGUGUCCGCCGCGCCCCCGCGGCCCCAGCGUCCACCAAGUAAGAUGCCCAACCUGGACGGCUACGAGGUCCACGAGGUUCUGCUCACCAAGAAAGAUGGACAAAGCCUCGGAAUCUCAAUUGUUGGACACAACCCCCUCAGCAGUCAAGAUGCGGUGGGCGUGUUCAUCAAGCACGUGGUCCCGGGCAGUGCCGCCCAUCACAGCGGGAACAUCAGAGUUCAAGACCGACUCAUUGCCCUGGACGGCGUCAGCCUGCACGGUCUGAGCAACCGGGAAGUCGUCGACGUCAUGAAGCAGACAGGAAGCACCGUCGUCCUCACGCUCGUCCGCAAGAAGAACGCCACCAGGGAACGGUCCCUGGACAGAGUGGCGUGCAGAGCUCCGGUGGUGUUCGAGGAGCAGCUUAUGGUGGGCAUAGAUGCCCACCAUAAGCCAAUAUCGAGCCACCUCCCUUUUGCCCCCCGCCCCCGUUUGUACACCACCACCGCUUAUUUCUGUUUUUGUUUGUGUUCUUCUGUGUGCGUAUUUCCCUGUCCUCUUUACAUAUGCAUGCGUGCAUUUGUGUGUGUUGAGUCUUCUCGCGGGUCACUGCGGAGGUCAUUGGAGUUCAAGAGUCACUCUGCUGAUUUGGACACACACGACACAUGCAGCGGUCCUGACGCGGCUCUGAAGGCCAAGUGGCAGCAGGCUCUGGGUCCAAACUACCAAGUCCUGGUGAUCAGGUUGCAUCCUGUGAUUGAAGACGACGCCCAGCUGCAGAGGUCCUCCAAGCUCCUUCCCGUCCACACGCUUCGCCUGGGCGUGGAGUUGGACUCGUUUGACGGCCACCACUACGUCUCCUCUGUGGUGCCUGGAGGCCCCGUGGACAAAAACGGCAUCCUGAGACCGGAGGACGAGCUGCUCGAGGUGAACGAUGUGCAGCUGUAUGGAAAGUCUCGUCGGGAGGUGGUCUCCUUCCUCAAAGAGGUGCCCCCUCCUUUCACGCUGGUCUGCUGCCGACAACCGACAUCUGACUUGGAAGCAGAACGACACGGACGCAGUAUGGGCGACUUGGAGAUGAAGCUAGCAUCUGCGCUGUGCAGUCGAGCGAGCGUGGCGGACGAGCAAGAUGACCAACAGGAAGUGGAGCAGGUGGACAUUUGGAAAGAUGGAAUGUGUGAUGCGACAUCGGCCGCGUUUGAGGAGGUGGAGCAGGAUGGCGGCAGCGAAGAGGAAGAAGGUGGCGAGCUUGCUCUGUGGUCUUCUGAGGUGGACGUGUUGGAGCUCCACAAGGAGCCUGGCGAAGGCCUGGGCUUCAGCAUCCUAGACUACCAGGACCCGCUGGACCCGUCGGGCUGCGCGAUGGUGAUCCGCUCGCUGGUGGCGCGCGGCGCGGCCGAGCGCUGCGGCGCGCUGCUGCCCGGCGACCGGCUGGUUUCGGUCAACGGCGUCCGGCUGGAGCGCGUGGGCCUGCGGCGGGCCGUCGACGUCCUGAAGGGGGCGCCGCCCGGCGCCGUGCGGCUCGGCGUACGCAAACCGCUCGCGGGUUCUGCCUACGACCUUGGCCAAGGGCGACUGGAGGAGGAGGAGGAGGAGGAGCUCAUCCUGGACGCCGGCCUGCCGCCGUACGCGCAAACUUCUUUCAACCCUGACCCUGCGUGGCAAGACGAAGAGGAGGGCAGGGAGAUGGCGGUGGACGACGAAAACGAGCAGGCGGAGAAAGCCAAGCCGGCGUCCUCGCCGGGACUCGCAGCCGUCCGGGAGACCGGCCCAGGAGACGCAGGCCCGCUCCCCGGUGAAUGUGGGGACAUCGAGGCGGACUCCGAAGUCAGCCUGACGGACAGCAGUGAGUCUUCCUCUUCCUCCUCGGUGUUGUCUUUGUCGCCAUCUGUCGGUCGCAUCGCGCAGUGUCGAGUUGCUUGGCCUCAAGAGCCAGGAAGUGGAGUCUGGGACAGGAAGUUGUUGUUGUUGUCGUGCAGGUCCAUCAGGUCGAUUGACACGGAGAAACGGAGGAGGCGGAGUCGAGGAGGAUUCUCCGCCGCCAGAAGGGGGCACUGGGAGCUUCCUGAGCGUGAGGACGGUGAGGGUGAGGAAACUCCUCCCUUCAGUCACUGGGGACCCCCCCGCAGGGUGGAGGUGCGGCCCGAGGAGGGUCAGUCUCUGGGUCUGAGCAUCGUGGGCGGCCAUCACGUCAUCAAGCGUCUGAGGAACGGGGAAGAGCUGAAGGGGAUCUUCAUCAAGCAGGUGGCGGACGGAGGUCCCGCGGCCAGGACGCGGGCCCUCAAGACCGGAGACAAGAUCCUCCAGGUGUCAGGCGUGGACCUACGAGCUGCCAGUCACGAAGAAGCGGUCACCGCCAUCAAAUCCGCUGAGAGUCCGGUCAUCUUCGUUGUCCAGAGUCUGUCUGCUAACCCACGAAUGCCGAGAGCAGCCCCGCCCCCUUACAGGCCUCCCGGCCAAUCGGAGCAGGAGCCGACGCAGGCCCGAGAGCGUUGGCGUGAUCGCUACGGCGACCUGCAGGGGGAGCUGCUGCGCGUGGAGCUGGACAAGGAAGCGCGAGGCGGUCUGGGUCUCAGCCUGGCCGGAAACCCAGACCGCUCCUCUCUCGGGGUCUUUGUGGCGGGACUGCGACCGGGGGGCGCCGCCGCCGCCGGUGGACGGCUGCGCGUCGGGGACCGGUUGCUCCAGGUCAACGAUCACGUCCUUGAUGGGCGGAGCCACCAGAAGGCCUCGGCCAUCAUCAAGAGCUCCCCCUCCGAAGUCAGACUCAUCCUGCUCAGGACCCGAGACGGCGUCCGGCAGAUGGCGGUCCCGCCCCCCGAGGUAAAGCCGCCACUGCCGCUGCGUCAUCACGCGCAUCGACGACAUCGUCACAUGUAUCGCCGAUAUCGUCGCGUAUCGACGUCAUCGCAUGUCUUCCCUCAGUGCGCCUCUCCGGCGGAAUGGCCGAGCCCCCCGGACGGCGCCACGCUCUGCCCGCCCCAAGAAGAAGAAGAAGAAGAAGACACGGAGCGGGAGAGCGCCGACGACCGCCAGAUGAAGAACGAGGAGGAGGCCGGGGACUCGUUGGAGCGGCAGAGCCGCCGGUCACGCGGGUCGUCCGCCUCACGCGACGGGGACGACGUCGGCAGAGGUAGCGGCACGGCGUGUUGCGGUUACAGUGGUCGGUUUCAGUGGAAACAAACCGGAAGCAGGACCUCGUCGGAUCCGUCCGCGUGCCCCGUACGUCCCGGUCACGAGACGACCUUGGAGAUCUGCAAAGGUCGUUGGGGACUGGGCCUCAGCGUGGUCGGCGGGCGAGACACGCAGCUGCAGGGCAUCGUGAUUCUUGAGGUCCACGAAGGAGGAGCGGCAGCCGAAGACGGCCGCCUGCAGCCUGGCGACCAAAUUCUGGAGGUGGACGGCGUGGACCUUCGGCGGGCGUCUCACGAGGAGGCCGUCUCGGCGCUGAGGCGGCCGAGCCCCAAAGCGUCGGUGAAGGUUCUGCGGGACGGCGGUCGGCCCGGCUCGAGCCGUUCGCGGGAGCGGACUCGUUCGCUCGACGUCCUCGCCGCGGAGCCGCGGGCCGAGACCGGCGGCCUCGACGUCGUCGGGGAGAGGUCCGUUGCCGUGGCGACGCCUCACGCUAGGACCAGUCGGCAACGCGGGAGCGACAGCGGCGCGUUCAUCUCCGAGGUGGUCAGAGGGGGCGCCGCCGAGCCGGACGCUCGUCGGAUGCAAGGAGAUCAGAUCCUGUCCGUCAACGGAGAAGACACCGCGCACGCCUCCCACCAAGCCGUCGCCGCCAUAUUGAAGCUCGAGGACGUUGGAGGAAAAAGUUCAAAGGUUGUGACUCCUGCCGUGACGUCACAAGACGAUGGCGACGCCGACGCAGGCAUUGUUGACCUGCAGACUGUGCACAUCACCAAGGUGGUAGCGGACGCCAACAUGGCCGCCAUCUCGAGUCAGGUGGACAAUUUGUCCGGCAGCUCCACUGUGGCUCCUCCCGCCGACGCACACGCUGGCCACACGCACAUUCAAGGAGCCGGUCGGCGGACGAUCACGGUGGAGAAGACGAGUGAGGGUUUUGGCUUCGGCGUCAUCGGAGAAGUCGGUAGCGCACACGGAGAUCUGCCCAUCUACGUCGAGACGGUCUUCGACAAGGGUGCGGCCGCGGUGGACGGGUGUCCGAAGCGCCGCGCGAGUCUGGAUGGCGUUACCCACGAGCAGCCCGUCACCAUCUUGAAGAAACACAGGGGAAGCGUCACGCUCGAGCUCUUGUCCUAACACACACACACCUCAAGCUCCUGCCUGAAUUAACACACACACGUUGUCAUGCUAUGAUUGCACAACACUUGCCUUGACGCCUGUUGUGGAACGAUUGUUAGCCGUUUGCUACGUUAGCGUGUCAACGUCUCCAUGGCUACCUCCAUCAGUCAUUUUGACAAACGACAAAACACGCUAUUGUCUUCCACAAACUUGUUUGUUGUUGUCGUUAUUAUUGCUUCGUUUAGCUUAGCGUGACAAGCGCUAGGGUCAACCAUCAGUACACGAUCUUAAUGCUAACUAGCUCACCUGCUAUACUAGCUAACGGUGUUAGCUUCAUUGCUACGUGGUAACCCUAGAGUUGGGAUUUGAAGAAUUAGCAGCAAGCUAAUGUCGCUAAUGCUGUUUUCAUAACACAAUUGAUUUUGACAUGGGACACACAAUGCUUGUGUAUUGUUUAAUCAAAUACAAAGACAUCCACAAACA